CUCUGCUUCACUCUCCUGAUCAACAGGGACUCCUUGUCUGCCUGAAAGAUGUCCUGCUCCAGCCUGUGUGCCCCUUCCUGUGGGGUGGCCACCCCAGCCCCGCUGGCUGACUCCUGCAACGAGCCCUGCGUGCGCCAGUGCCCCGACUCCACGGUGGUCAUCCAGCCCCCAGCUACAGUGGUCACCUUCCCCGGGCCCAUCCUCAGCAACUUCCCACAGCACAGCGUUGUUGGCUCAGCUGGAGUCCCCGCUGUUGCUGGGAGCUACGGAGGCAGCUAUGGAGGCCGUGGUGGUUAUGGAGGCUCCUGGGGCUAUGGAGGCCUUGGUGGCUAUGGAGGCUAUGGAGGCUCUUGGGGGUACGGAGGCCUUGGGGGCUAUGGAGGCUACGGAGGCUUUGGGAGCUGCGGAUACGGUGGCUGGGCCCGAGGCCACAGGUACCUCAGUGGCAGCUGUGGGCCCUGCUAAACUCCAAAUACCCCUGGAGUUCCGUGUUGCAUCUGCCCUGGGUUUUCACAAGUAGCCCCUCUUGGCUUCUACCAACAGACGCAGAACAAACCUUUCAGCCCCUCGCAAGGCUGUGCAAAACACUGACUUCACCCUUAUGAUCCUGGCUUAUUUGCUCAGAGUAACCUUGGGGAUCUCAGGUGACAGCUUUCACUGCCUCCUAAAGCUCCCCUCUAGGAUGCAACAAAGCUGUUCCCAUCCUCAGAUGUGAGUCUUCGUUGCUCUGUGCAGCUCUGAGACUCUCAGCCUGCAAUAGGAAGGGGGAAUUUUUGGAGUGGAGCCCUGGGUUGUACCUUGCUGCAGCCUGAUGAUUUUUGUGUUUCUCUAUCCAUUGUUUCUGUAUGGUUUUGUUCCUUGCUGACAUUUUCCAUCCCUAUUAAAGA